AUGGAUCCCGUGCAUGCGCCCACUUGCAAUGCAUUACAACGAUUUAAAUUUACGUUAAAAAACGAUAAAGAUUUUAAUUACGAAAUCGUUAUUAAUGUUUUUUAUUUGGGCAACAAACCGGUUAUUUAUAUAAUUAACGAAAGCAUAAAAUUUAAUGCUAUAACGAUUUUAAAAAAUUUAUUAGCAAAGGAAAUUUGGAAAAUUUUAAAACGUUAUUGGAUAAACGUUUAUUUAAAGCUUUUAAACGUAAUUACCCAUAACGCGGGCACCCAUUUUUCGAAAAGCGCAUACGUUAUGUUACAAAAAGCGUAUUUAAUUAUAAAGGUCGAAUGCUUUAACGUUGCGUUAAAAUUAUUGCUUUAA